GCCUUAAACAGGCCGGGGGCGGAGCGGCGGUUGGUAGAGGCCGCAGGUCGCGGCGAUCUCCUGCUCGCUUUCACUCGGACCGCGACUCCGCCGCCAUGUCCCUGGCGGCCUCGGCGGGCAGGGGCCCGGGGGCCGUGUGGUCCCCGACACACGUGCAGGUGACGGUGCUGCAGGCGCGGGGCCUGCGGGCCAAGGGCCCCGGGGGCAGGAGCGACGCGUACGCGGUGAUCCAGGUGGGCAAGGAGAAGUACGCCACCUCCGUGUCGGAGCGCAGCCUGGGCGCGCCCGUGUGGCGGGAGGAGGCCACCUUCGAGCUGCCGCCGCUGCUGCCGGCCGAGGCCGCGCCCGCCGCCACCCUGCAGCUCACCGUGCUGCACCGCGCGCUGCUCGGCCUCGACAAGUUCCUGGGCCGCGCCGAGGUGGAUCUGCGGGAGCUGCACCGCGACCAGGGCCGCAAGAAGACCCAGUGGUAUACCUUGAAAUCCAAACCGGGAAAGAAGAAUAAAGAGCGGGGAGAAAUUGAAGUUGACAUCCAGUUUAUGAGAAACAACAUGACCGCCAGCAUGUUUGACCUUUCCAUGAAGGACAAGUCUCGGAAUCCACUUGGGAAACUGAAGGACAAGAUCAAGGGGAAGAACAAGGAUGGCGCGUCAGAUACCGUGUCAGCCAUCGUCCCCAGCGUGACACCCUCGGCUGACAGCGAUGAUGAGUCUCCUGCGAAAGACAAGAAGAAGAAGUCGAAGAUCAAGACCUUGUUUUCCAAGUCCAAUCUGCAGAGAACUCCGCUUUCCCAGUCCAUGUCCGUCCUGCCGACCUCAAAGUCAGAUAAAGUGCUGCUUCGUCCUGGAGACUUUCCGUCCCGGUGGGAGGACGAGGACGAGUCCUCCUCUGCCUCGGACGUCUUGUCUCACAAGACCAUGGCAAGUGCGGAUCCUAAGCAGCCGAACCAGAUAAAUGCCAGCCUCCCCAAGAAGGAAGGACUCUCCUUCCUGGGCGGCCUUCGGUCUAAGAAUGACGUCCUUUCCCGCUCAAACGUCUGUAUCAACGGGAACCACGUCUACGUGGAGCAGCCGGAAGCCAAGGGCGAGACCAAGGACAGCUCCCCGUCCUCCUCCCCAUCCCCCCAGGGCCUCAGGAAGAAGCGUUUGUUCUCAUCUACAGAAAACCUGGCCUCUCAGCCUUGGAAGGAGCCUGGGGAAGGAGGUGUCGUGCCUCCCGAGUCUUCCACGAAGGACUCCCUCAAGGCCAUGUCUCUGCUGUCCUACCGGCUGCAGGUCAGCGGGGACCUUCGGGAGAACACAGCUCCGACGACCUUGGAGGCUGCAAAGGAAGCUAAAGAGAGCAAGAAACAGGAGAACAAGAAGUCCUCUCUGCUCUCGCUGGUGACGGGGAAGAAGGACACUGCUAAGGGCAGUGAAGGCGAAAGCCCGCCGGCCGCCCCCGCGAAGGAGAGAGAAGGCACCCCUGCUGCAGUCAAAGCCAGGGGGGACCAGCCGGGGCCAGUGGACGACCCUGUGAAGAGGUUGGACAAAGAGACUGCAGCCAUUGUCUCUGGACGGGGCAGAGCCCCGAACCCCUUUGAAAACGCUCAGAUCGCAGAACCAGAAGCUGCCCCAGAGCCUGAGGCUACACCUGCACCACCUGUUCCUUCACCCAGGGCUCCCCAGACCAGAGCCGUGAAACCCCGACCGGAAGUGUCUCCGGAGGCUCAGCCCGCACCCAGGCCCCCUCCUUCCACUGACUCUCCUCUCUCUCUCUCUGCCCUCCCUUCCAGUUCUGUCCAGAAACCUGUCCCUUCUCAACUGGGGCGUGAUUCAGAGACACAGUCCUCUGAGUCUCCUUCUGGCUCCUACUCUUUCUCUUCUCCCAUAGUGGCCCCCAUUUCCACAUCUACUCCCAUCGAGCACUGGCCUUCCGCAGACAUGGGCGAGGUCAGUUCUGAAGAACCGCCUCCCCUCUUUGAACCAGAGCUGGAAAAGGAGAGUUUGACCCAAGUGCCCAGUACUGUUCCUUGUGCCGUGGGCUCGCUUUCCAAGCAGGCACCCAUUCCAGCAGGGAAAGGGACAGAAGACCCUCCAGUGGGGAAGACCAGCGCUGCUGACGCAGGACAGUCUCUCCGGAUGCAGCCUGAAGCCGGGCAAGAAGAAGAAGAGCGUCUGGGGUCUCCCCAGCAAAAACCACAAGGUGACAUCCCUUCAUCUGAUGAGGCUCAAGAAGUAACAUCCGCCCUGGCGCUCAGAAGAGGCGGGAUGGGUAGCCCCGCUGGGAAGCCCCCACGUGGUGGGGACGCAGGUGGGGGUGGCGGGAUGAGUCCUGCAGUUAAGGAAGUGGCGCCCCCUCUUCAGCUGGGGGAGUCGGUGCCCCCACUCAACUCUGUGACACAGAGACAGGAAGAGAUGGGUCUGGAUGCCCGUGAGGGCGGAAAGCACAUCAAGGAGAAGGUGUCAUUUUUGGAGCAGCUCUCUAUGGAGGAGGCGGAGGAGGAGGCCCCUGCACUGGUCCAUGGGGACAGAGGUGACCCCCGGGAGCCGACGCGACAAGGGGCCACCCCUGGAAACGUGUGGGACACGGGAGACUCCCGGGAGGGGGCAACAGUGGCUGGACCCCCACCCGCUGCCCUGGCGACUCGCCCUCCCCACCUGUCCUCCAAGGCGAGCUUCUCAGGGUGCCCUGUGCGUGCGGCCAGCUCCGGGAGAGACGGUCCCCUCUUCAGGAGUCAGGGAGACGAUACCCGGAUGGCACAGAACCAGAGCAAAGCCAGUGACCACGAGGGUCUGCUGUCUGACCCCCUGCGCAGCCUGCAGUCCACCUGUGAGGCGAAGCCGCCAGCCGUGGCCUAUCUGGACUUGAGCCUGCCUUCCAUCCCCGAAGUGGCGUCGGAUGAUGAGAGAGGAGAUCAACUUGAAGACGACAGAAGGGCGGCCGAGGUGGCAGCUCUGGGAGGAGGGGCUUCUUCCCCGAGCACGUGGCCCUCCCGUGCUGAGCUCAGCGGGGAGGCCAGCGGGUCAGCAGGGGGCCCGCAUGACCCCAGGCCAGGAGCACCUGGAGCACCCACCCCAGCUUCUGCAGAGCAGGCCACGGCCUCAGCUGUUCAGGAACCCCAGCCGCCGGGCCCCGGUGAUGGCGGGGAGGCAAAACCAGUGGAAGAUGGGAGGCUGGGUCAGCCUCCAGCCCCUGCCCUGGACUCCCCUGUGUCCAGCCCCCCCUUUUCUGAGCCCUUUCCUGCCACACGCUCUCUUCCUAGCUCUGUGCACUCUGACACCCACCACACCAGUACAGCAGAAUCUCAAAAAAAAGCCACAGCCGAGGGCUCCGCGGGUAAAGUGGAAAAUGCUGGCAAGAGGAAGCCGCUGCUUCAGGCCUGGGUCUCACCCUCAGAGACACAGCCAGUCUCGGCUCCGCCAAGCGCUGCAGGCAGCUCGGCCAAGCACAGGCUUCAUCCCGUGAAGCCGAUGAACACAACAGCCACCAAGGUCACCAACUCCAGCUCGGGAACUGCCACCAUCAUCAGUGAGAACUUCAUCAACGAAGCCAUGAUGAAGAAAUACAAGCCCUCGGACCCCGAGUUCGCCUACGCGCAGCUGACCCAUGGCGAGCUGAUCCAGCUGGUCCUCAAACAGAAGGAAAUGAUAAGCAAGAAGGAGUGUCAGGUGCGCCAGCUGGAAGACUACAUCGACAACCUGCUGGUCAGGGUCAUGGAGGAGACCCCCAGCAUCCUCCGGGUUCCCUCUCAGGUCGGCAAGAAGGCAGGGAGGAUGUGAAUCGCCAGCCUCCAGCACUGAGACUCUUUUAUGAAUUUGCUUCCACCUGUUCCCGAGGACUCGGGGUGCCUGAGAGCCGGCGCCCAGGCUCCGAAUCGCCAUCUCCCUCGCCUGUUAUCUGGCAGGAGUCCACCCCACCCACGGGAGCCAGGUUAAUUAUUACAAUGAAUCUUUUACUGUACAUUCCCAGGGUUUUAUUUUUAAAUGCCACUGUGCCUUUAACCAUGUUGUAAAUAUUUUAUUCCCUGACCGGUCAUAAGAUCUGAUCCUGGCCUAGAGGUUCAGAUGGCGCUGGGCAUAUUAAUGUAUCUUUAACAAUGGGGUUUUCUUUCUUUGAUACUGAGAUUUUAAAGUAUGUCUCCCCCAGUCAUUAAAGCUUGGGGUGAGGUGACAAGGACCAGGCCAUUGGUGCUGUGUUGCACAUACUUUCUUGGCUUUUGAGUAGCUCAGGUGUGGCCUGUGGCUGCAGACGCUAAGUUUUGACACCGUGGAAACCUCCGUGGCUCCUCGGACUUGGUCUUUUGUUUUGACUGGAGCAGAGGCGUUUAGGGUGCGCCUCUGAGUAUGCCUUUGAGAUUUGGAACAAGCUGCCUUUUCCAAACAUCAGCCUCCACUACUCUGUAGCCUGAAAACGUGCUCGUGACCCAUCGAGAGGGCCUGUCUGUGGAGGUAUGCCAAGUAGCCCAGGGGAAUUAGAGUCCCUUUGCACUUGGGAGGAGUUGGUCAAAGUCCCGUCUUUCGUGAUCGCAGGGUCCCUGCUGGCUGGAGCCGCUGAGUCAGUGCCUUGAUUAGGGAUCGGAGGACCCAAGCACUUGCUAAAACGGUCUCCCCAGCUACGGAGCGACCGCAGCGGGAUCCGUUGGCCUUUGCCCCGUGCCUUCGCCCGGCUCCUUGGUUCCCCGGCAGCUCUUCCUGGCGUUUCCCUCCCCCACCCCCUGUUAUAAAAUUGUGACAGGGGAGAUGAUACCUAUUUUUAGAUGGCUGUAUUUUUAAAACCAGAUCAACAUACUUUUUUUUUUUCUUAAACUAGGACACUCGCCCCCUUCUUAACUAACAGCACCAGUUCAGAGUCUUCAGGUAAUUUCAUUGUUGGUAACCUGAUACUGGAAUUAGAAUCUUUUCUGUAUUACUCAUUUCUUUUCUCCCAGCUGUGACAGAAUCUCAUCAAAUCCCAGCAUCUCCCCUGGGGGAAGAAGGUCAUGGGCCAGGGGGCUAGAGAUGAGAGCGGUUGUUAAAUGGAACUUUCUCCUGUGCUCGUUCUUGUUCCACUGAAGUUCAGAGGCAAGGUGAUUGGCAGCCGGAUCCCUUUUCAGGGUCACGUUUGCUGCCACACUAGUUAAUAUUGGAGCACUUUAAUCUGAAGGAUGAUACUGUAACUUGAUGUAGCUAAUUCACUUUUAAUUAUCCAUAAUGGUUUUAUUUAAUACCCUCCUACAGUCCUGGGGACCACGGUAAACUUCCCAGACGACUUGUAUUUUUGUAGGGCCACGACACUUAUUUACAUCCCUAUAAAGAGAACUGGAUAUUCACUUGAA